AUGGACAUGGAAACUUCUCCCCCUGCUUUCUCGUCUACAACGACGGAGGGGCCAGCGGCGACCCCGACGUCGAGCGGGAGGAUCGUCGUACGGAUCAGGGUCUCGCAGGCGUGGACGCCCGAGGAGGACGCGUGCCUGGAGCGCCUCGCCGGGGAGAACGGCUUCCGCCGCUGGCGCCGCGUCGCCAGCGCCAUGUCGCGCCGCCGGACGCCCGGGCAGUGCCGCGACAGGUGGCGGGACCACCUCGCCCGCGACGUCUACCACCGCCCCUUCACCUCCGAGGACGACGCCGAGCUCGCCCGCAUCCGCCUGCGCGACGGCCGCGGCCGGUGGAAGGACAUCAGCAGGGCCGUCUACUGCCGCAGCUCGCGCGCCUUGAAGCGCCGGUGGAGGGAGCUCCGCAAGAGCGACGCGUUCCUCAGGGCGCUCUACUGGUACCCCCACCAGCCGGUGCAACCGCCAGCUGACUCCAUCGUGCUCUCCUGCAGUGUCGGCUGCGACGCCGUCGCCGGCGGCGGCAAGACACCAGGGAUCUCACCUGCCUGGUCGUAUAAUCUCCAAGAGAGCUACUAG